AUGCCAUACAAUGUUGAUAGCGUUGUAACUACUAGUACCACUACAGCACCUAUUACACAAGAUAAUCAAUUCUAUGAAGAUGCCCCUUUAUAUGAAUAUAAUCAGCAUAACUCUGAAAUCGGUAUUCCCUUAAGUUUACAGCGAAAAGGAAAGAAAACUGACAAAAUAAUCUGUAAAGCAACACAUCCUGAUGAUGAUGAAAGCAUUCAAGAUGGUAAAUUGGAACAUGAAGUAAUGCCACAGAAUAAUUUGAAUCGGCAAGUGAAUGUUUCACCCACUGCUAUCACUACCGCAAAUACUACAGGUUUAUCAAUGCCAGAAAAUCUGAGUACUAAUCAGCAUUAUUCUAAAGAUGAUAUAAAUCCGGUAGAAUUUUAUAAACAGACCUAUUCUGUUGUUAUUUUUCGAACAGAAAGUAUCAAUGAUGUUGUCUCAUCAUUGAAUUCAAGUCUACCAGAAAUUGAUUAUAAUAAUUCAACAAAAGACUGGAGAGUUAAUCCCUUAGGUGAACGUAAUAAAAAAAGUCAGGUGAAAUCAAUGGCUGGAAGUCAAAAAGUUGACAAAAAGGUUAAAAGUCAUUCGACUAAAUAUAAUGGUCCAUUAAGUUAUGAUGUAAUCGAGUUAACUAGAAAUGAUGAAACACUCUCCAGCUUCAAGACAAUCCCUAUCACUUAUUCCAUAAAACCGACUUUUACACUGAUAAAUGAUAGCAAAUGGUCAAAUAUGAAACCAGUAUUCCUUAGCUGUGUUGAUCAACAGACUAUUCUAUAUCCCCUAGGGGAUUCAUUGAUGGAGAAUAAUCAAGUUGCAGCAGUAGUCGUGGCAGCAAAGAAUGAGAAACUCGAAAAUGACAGAUUGAAAGAAUCUGAAACGACUGGACCGACAAUAGAAAUAAUCACUGAACCCAUAGUACCUGUAUUCCAGCCUACUGAAAUACAAAUAAAAAUCUAUUCACCUCAACAUAAAGAAAAGACAACUACCUUCCCUCCCAAUCUAACUCCAGCAUAUAUUUCUGCUAGUGCAGUGACCACUUCAGAGGGUGAUGAGUUACCGCAUAGAACUAAUUCUAUUGAAAAAGCUUUACAAGAUACAUCCCAGAAAAGUAGUGAAAAUCGAAAUAAGAGGCUGUAUUUGAAUCUUGGUAAAAAACCUAGAACACUGAAAAAACAUGCGAAUAAGGGUGUAAAUCAUGCUCCCCUGAAGACUACGCCAAUAGGCAGUCGAACAAAAUCUCCAAGUAGUAGAAAAAUAAUGACUAACUACUCACCAACAAAAUCACCGCAUAAAAGAAGAAUUAAUAAUUCGCCGAAGGAUAAUUAUCAACCUUUGACUAGGCUGUCUAAUAAGACAGUCAGACAACAACCAAGUGAUAAAUCAGUACGCAGUCAAACAAUAUCACCAACACUGCGUAAUACACCUUUGAAGUCAGUGAAUUCUGUUAAGAUGAUAAACUGCGAAAGAAAACGUACAAAAUCAGCACCAAAUAGGUCUUUAUCAUCACACCAUCCUCCUGCUUCUAUCGGGAAAUUAAUACGAACAGAUGAUAAACAAGAUAUUUAUGAAGCUUCUGUUCAUUUGUUUGAAAGGAUAAAUAAAAGAUUGAAAAAGUAUAAGCGAUGUAAAAGUCUACACCAACAAGCACAGUAUAAACACCAGACUACAAUGUCACCAACUCUUAGAAGACUUAGAUCUAAGUCAACAGAAAUGAAGACUAGAAUAAAAUCCUCGAAAAUGAAAUUCAAUGAGUUAAACUCAAAGCAUUUCCACUUUCGUAAGACAAAUAUGCACCAAAGUACUAGAAGUAACACUUCUUCUUUAUCAGAAUCUAUAAGUGAAAAACAGUUAAAGUAUAAACAUUCUCCUACAACUGCAAUUAGAAAGUUAAAAAAUCGUGAUAAUGCAUCAAAUUCAACUUCACUGGCUUCAUUAUUAGAAAACCAAUGUUACAAUCUACCUUUGGGAAUAAGUAAAUCUGAUUAUCGAUUAACUUCACCUGGUAUCUUAGUUAGAGUUGUUUCUUUUUCUUCUCCUACAGCAUCUAUUUCAUCCUCUAAACUUCAUAUUAAAGCUUGCAAAAGGAUAUAA